UACAAAAACAAACACGCGGCACAACUCUUCACUAUCACCACACUACCCACCACCCCACCCCCACCCACUAUUUCAUUUCUCCUCAUUUUUAGGGUUUUUCAUUGAAUCUUCCUCUACAAGUUUCGGUAUUUUCAGUUGAAUCGGAGCAAUGUCGGAGCCGAUGAUGAUUGACGGUGUUGAGGAAGUGAAGAUGGAAGUUGUUUCAGAUCGAUCAGUGAAGAAGACGCUGAAGAGGAAGAGGGUUAGUUUGGUGAUGGAUAGUCCGGAGGAGAAAGCGGCGAAGAUUGAUGGGUUGGAAGUGGAAAUGAAGGGGUUGGUUGAGUAUUAUAAGGAGGUUGUGGAGAAGAAAGUUGUGGAAGUUGAGGAUUUGAAAGGGUUGGGGUUGAACUCGGUGAUUGCUUGCAUGUUGGAGGAGAGUAGUCUAUCGUUGUCGAAAUUGGUGGAUGUGAUUUUUGAGAAGAUUAGUGAUAGUGAGUGUAGUAGUAGUAAGGUUAGUGUGAAAAGUGCUGUGAUUUUGGUUGGGCAAAGGAUGCUUUACGGAAUUCCAAAUGCAGAUGUUGAUGUUUUGGAGGAUGAAUCUGAGUCGGCGCUUUGGUGUUGGGAGACACGAGACCUUAAAUUGUUGCCCAAAUCAGUCCGGGCUACUCUGAAGAUUCGCCGGACUUGUCGGAAAAAAAUCCAUGAGAGAAUUACUGCUGUCUCUGCUUUAUUGACUGCGCUAAAAAAGGUGGAAACUGAUCAAAACUGCAUCCAAGAACAGAUGAAGGCUUCUGAAAAGCUUGGCAAAGUAUUAACUGAGGCAGAUAUCCGCUUGUUAGUUGCAAGCAUGGAACAGAAAAAUGGUGCUGAAGUGGCUGAGAAGUCAGUAAAACUGGAGGAGAAACUUUUGAUCAAGCAGUUAGAGAGAAACAAACGAGAAGCUGAAAAAGAGAAGAAAAGGAUGGAGCGUGAAAUUGAGAAAGAAAAAUUGAAAAGUGAAAAAGAGUUAAAACGGCUACAAAGUGAAGCAGAGAAAGAGGAAAAGCGGUUUGAGAAAGAAGAAUCUAAACUGAAAAAACAAAUGAUGAAAGAACAAGAAGAAACUGAGAAAGAUCGACGCCGCAAGGAAAAGGAAGAAGCUGAAGUUAAAAGGCAACUUACUUUACAAAAGCAAGCUUCAAUGAUGGAGCGCUUUCUCAAAAGAAGCAAAACUAACUCUUCUUCCCAGAAUAACCAAUCCUUAGAUGAGCCAGCUUCUGAUUUUACCCCUAGCAAGUGUGAAAAGAUGCCUGGAUCUGUUACUCUGUCAAUGGACUCAGUCCUUACACAAAAUGAUGACUUUAAUGCUGAUGAUAUUUGGAAGUCACACUUAACUUCAUGGCAUUGCUUAGGUCGUUUUAUUCUUUCAAAAGGAAAAGUUCAUUGGGGAAUCCGUCGAAAGCCCAAGACUAAUGUAGUCAAGGAAAUUAAGCUAACAGCCAGUAGAGGACUGACAUGUGAUGUUGAGGAUAAUACAGAGAAACUUGUUGAUGGAUGGGCUGAGCCUAGUAGUAAUACCAGAUCAUGUAAUGUUGGUGAGGUCAAUGCUAUUCCUUGUCGCCAGAAGGGCUUAUUGAGGAGGCAAUUGUUGCAGUUUGAUAAGUGUCAUAGACCUGCAUUUUAUGGUGUUUGGCCGAAGAAAAGCCAAGUUGUUGGAGCACGUCACCCCCUUGCAAUGGAUCCAGACUUGGAUUAUGAGGUUGAUAGUGACGAAGAAUGGGAAGAGGAGGAACCUGGUGAAAGUCUGUCAGAUUGUGAUAAAGAUGAUAAUGAAUGCUUGGAGGAAGAAUGUUCAAGAGGUGAAGAUGAAGACGAAAGUGAAGAUGGAUUUUUGGUGCCAGAUGGGUAUCUCUCAGAUGAAGAGGGUGUACAAGUUGACAAAGUGGAAUCUCAUGAUGCAGAAGGGUCUACAAUUUUGUCCAGUUCUGCACAAGAAGGGCCGAGUGAAGAGUUUGCGGUGUUGCUUCGGCAGCAAAAAUAUCUUCACAACUUGACUGAACAGGCUCUUAGGAAAAACAAGCCACUUAUUAUAUUAAAUCUUAUGCAUGAGAAAGCUCCCUUCUUAUUGGCUGAUGAACUGACUGGUAAUGAGAAAGUUGAACAAAUGUGCUUGGGGGGAUUGGCCAUCUGUUCAUUUCCUGGCUAUUCAUCUAUUCCAAUAUCCACUUGUGAUGAUGUGAUUGAGGGGGAUUCUGAGCCUUGCCCAUCAGGUAGCAAGGCAAUUACCCCACAAAUAGCAUCUCCAGCUGCUCUAGCUGACUCAGAUUUACCUCAAGUUGUAUCUGUUAUUCAGUCAUGCUCACAUGGUAUAAACAAGGUGGUGGAAUCUUUACAACUUAAGUUUCCAAGUAUUUCAAAGUCCCAACUGAAAAACAAGGUGCGGGAGAUUGCAGAGUUUAUUGAUGGUAGAUGGCAGGUUAGAAAGGAUGUUCUUGUGAACCUUGGAUUAUCAAUAUCACCUGAAAAAGUUAGCAGGACAAAGAGCAUUGCUACAUUCUUUUCCAAGAGAUGUUUGCCACCUUCUGGAAAGACCAUCAAUCUGCAUGAAACUUCCCCACAACCAUGCCAGAAGACUUCUACUUCUUCAGUUUCUAUCCAGCCACAACAAGACUGCACAUACAACCAUGAAUGAGAAUCUUAACUCUGUUAAAUCUUUUUGGCCCCUUAGCUCAAGUCUUUCUUAUUUUCGAUAUAAUAGAUGCCUGCACAUGUACACCAGGCUUUGUAACUUUCAUAUACUGGUCAAAUUUUCUAAUUUGAGAAAAUCAAAUAUCCUUCAUAAAGGAAGAUGAUGACUAGAAUGUGUUUUCUUAAUUGACUUUACUGUGUAUGUAUAUAUCACCUAGUAAUCCUGUAUCACAUGGUUAUGAAUUUCUGUUCUUCUGUA